UCAAAAUGUCUUAAUUAGUAAUUCAAUUGAUGAUAGGUUUAAAUUGAUAAACAGAAUAUUUUCGUUAAACAAAACUAUUAGUGAUCUCGGUUUUAUUAGUUAAAAGAGUUAAAGUUUCUAUUAAAAGUGUUUUAAUAAUUGGUUAACUCUAUAAAAAGAUUAUAUAUAUAUAUACAUAGGGAAAGUUUGCUCUACAAAGUUGGUUCAUGUCAUCAUUUCGUAUGAAACUUUAUACAUUCCAGUUUAGUUUUUGUGACUUUCUUUGUUCAAACAGGAGCUUCGAUGCUUAGUGAUGUUAUUAAAAAGAUUUUUUUAAUAAUACAGUCAAGUUAUUUUCUUCUUCUUAAAAUGAACAAUACUAGAAGAAGAAUGCUCGUACAAAAAUACCGCAAUCGACCUCCAUUCGAUUUGAAAAAGAAAGAAGCCAUGAAUAGACAUUUCAGAAAAUCCUUUCAGCACGUGGAGGAAUCUUUUAAAACUAUAAUGAAUCAUUUAGACGCCAUGCAAUCCGAAUGCGCCAUAGAUAUUUUCAUUAAUAAUGAAAAUAAACCGGGUACGAAUUUAGAACAGCAGUUAAAACCGAAAAAUAUAGCUCCGAAGAUCAUAGAAUCGUUCAGAAAAGCAACCCCGAAAAGAAUACCUCUGUAUAGAAAUUCUAAACGUGUUCUAGGGAAUUUAAAAAAACACCAAAUGAAAUUGAAUUUGAAAGAUGACGUGCCGGUUGAAACGUUGUAUAAAAACGAUAAUUUAACUUUGGGAAAAAAUAUACCGGAUCACAAAAUAAUGAAAAAUCUUUUAGAAGAUUUCAAAGAGUCUAAUAUUUCUACGAGAAUUGAUAAAUCGACCAGUACAACUGGUAUAAUUUGGCCAAUUCCUCAGUGCAACAGAAAUAAGGUCCGUUGUAAUCAAAAAGUGAAAUCGAAUAUACAGAGGAAGUUAAAAAGAAACAUGAAUUCUAAGGAACGUCUUCCGGAUAUGAGAAAAUUGAAAUCGAAUUCUAGAUACGUCAAAAGUUUUGUUGGAUCUAAAUCUUCAGUAUGUCAAAAUUUUAUCGCCGAAGGUAAAAUGAGAAAAAGCAAAGAAAAAAGUUUCGUGAAAACUCAAGUAGAAAAUUUUAAUAAAAUGUCCAAAAAAAACGACGUAUCUAAUCAAGGUAAUUUCGAAAUGAAAAACGGUUGUAAAAAUUACUUAGAAAUGAUGAAUUCCGUGAAAAAUAAACUCCCAAAGAUCCAACCAAAAACCGAAAUAUCAAUUUCAGAUAACUGCGAUUGGUCUAGUACGACAGAAAAACCUCCAGAUCGUCCUCGAGAUAUCAAAUUUCCGCGGGAAACGAAAGAUGCCAUACAAUUAAUGAUACAGGAUUCGAGGAGAUUUUUGAAAACUCCUUUGGCGAAAUAUUUAAAACAUCAAGAUUCCCUCGCUAUACAACCCGCCAUUUCGUUGAAUUAUAUGGGUAUCUAUAAAAUGAAAUCUCAACAUACUAUUUGUAAAAAAGUUGAAUCGAAUCCGGAAUCUACAGGAUGUCAUUCGAAAGAUAAUCGUCUUAAAAUGACUAAAGAUGGUUCGUUUAAGAAUAAGAAGUUUUUGUCACAGAAACCGAAAGCAACAAUAUAAUAUGUGUAUUUUCAAAAUAAAUUAUCAGUACUAAGUAAAAAUUGAUUUUAUUUUUCUGUAAAAUAUCAAUUCCACAUAUUAAACGUACUUAUUGGCAACACUGUCUU